AGUAGCAAAUGUCACGAUGUCACAAUUUUACAAUUUACCUAAUCAAACCACUGUUAAUAAUGAUGAAAGCAAUCGAAAUAAUGAGUGCUGGGUAGAUUUAUUAGAAAAUUUAGCUGUUUUUAUAGCCGCAGCAUCAAAUUUAAUUAAAAGCUUGCAGCAAACUAUCGAACUUUCAAAGCUUCAGACUAGUGAAGGUUUUGAUAAGGACUUUUUAUGUGCAUGUGCGAAGUUAAGUGAAAAUAUAGCAGGUCUUUCAAUGAAAGAUACUGGUUUUUUAAAUCAGAUAAACACAGAAAUGGUACCAACGGCAAAUAAACUUAUGGAAGGUGAAGUAAAAAAAAACGAAGAAAAUAAUUUGGUAGAGAGUACAGAAAAAGAGGACUGCAUGUGUGUAGAUUCCUCAAGUGAAUCAAAAGGUGCUGAAAAAUCAUCAAAACUUAAAAUUCAGUCUAAGUCAAAAUUAGGAAAAAAGCAGCCAAAAGAAAUAUAUGCAAAGGAAAAGACUGAAAAAUUAUUCAAAUUAAGAGAAAAUUUGAAAACGGCUCAGAAAAAUUUAGUGGAUAUACAAGAACAAGUUCGUCAAUUGGAGAGAUUGUAUCAAGACUACGACUCAUUCAACACAUCUGAAGGCCAAGUAAAUCCUGCAGCAUUGUACAGAGAAAUUAUGAAACCUAAUUGUGUACCUUAUGUUACAAAGGAUAAUUCACAAGUUUUACCUAAGCAGAUUGGCUCAAAAACACCAGUUUGUCCUGGAGGCUGUGUAAGUAAGUCGUUACCUAGAUCCGAAGCUAGUUACAAAAAUCAGGCGCAUUGCAGAAAAUUGGAAGAUAAAGUAUCCAUUUUAUCAACAGUUCCUUUAGAUCAAACUUUUUAUUAGAAAAAUUGUUAGUUACAGUUUUAUUGUUCUUCCGAAAUUAUGGUUAAUAAUAAUAAUUAUUAAUAAUGA